UUUUUAUUUGGAAUAAAGAAACGUUUCUACAAACCUUUCUACAAAAAAAAUUUUUUUUAGAUAAUAAAUGAAAAAUAGGCGAGUGUUUAAAUUUUGGACGUAGUGUUUUAGCUAAUUAAGGACUUUUUAAAAAGGUAAGUAAUUACAUUAAAAAAUGUUGAAAACUUGAUUAGUUUGGUGAUAAAAUUCAAUUAUUUACUCUAUUUUAAUUUUCUAACACAUUUUUAUAAGAUUGUUAAAGUAAAAUGUUAAAUUUUUCACUUUUUUUGUGAAAUGCCAUUUGGGGCGCAACGGGUCAUAAGAACGGGGCUCAACGGGUCGAGAGUCUGUGGUUGGUGGUCGCUGGGUUUAAGGUUAUGUACAUGAAAACAUGUGAGUUACUUGUAGCGGUAGUUAAGUGUUUAGAACUUAAUUUAGUAUAUAAUUAAUGUAACCCACUGUGAUAUUAGUUUAAAUAUCGUACGAAAAUUUAAAUCUAAGUCUAAUCGACAAAAUUGGACGGAGGAAAACAUGAUUUCCGCUAUUGAAGUAGUUUUAAAAGGAGAUUUAAGUUGCCGUCAAGCAGCUGAAAAAUACUCUGUUCCACGAGAAGGUUUAAGGAAAAGAAUUUUAAAAUGCAGGCAAGAGGAAGUGACUAUUGAUAGUAUCUGUAAAAAAGGACUGGGAUAUACAACAGUUUUCAAUGAGAAACAAGAAUCUGUUUUAUGUAGUUAUAUUUUACACAUGGAAGAAAGGAUGUUCGGAUUAACAGCGGAGGAAAUUCGUAAAUUGGCAUUUCAGUUGGCCAUCAAAACCAAAAUAAAGCACCCUUUUAAUUCUGAAAAAGGAAUCGCAGGACCAGAUUGGUUUGAAAAGUUCAUGAAGCGACACCCUCAAUUAUCAUUGCGCAAACCCGAACCAACAUCAGCUGCACGGGCAACUGGAUUUAAUGAAAAAGAUGUGUCAAUAUUCUACGAUCUCCUCGAGGAUAUUUUAGAAAAGAAAAAAUUAACCGCAAAAGAAAUUUUCAAUGUGGACGAAUUCGCUACAAGUGUUGUACCAAAAUGUGUUCCAAAAAUCGUGGCUUUAAAAGGUAAACACCAAGUUGCUUCUCGAAAAUCUGCUAAACGAGGCCAGUUAGUAACUGCGGAAGUGUGUUUUUCGGCUGCCGGGCAAUACAUGCCACCGAUGUUAAUUUUUCCUCGAAAAAGGGAUAAGGAGAAGUACCUAGAAGGGAAACCAGAAGGUGCUUGGGCCGAGUUUAAUCAUAAUGGUUGGAUCGAUUCAGAAAUUUUCACAAAAUGGUUCAAAGAAUUUAUAAAAUUCACAAAAUGCAGCCAGGAAUCCCCGGUGUUACUCGUUUUGGACGGACAUACAAGUCAUGUCAAGAACAUGGAUGUUAUUGACCUUGCUCAAGAAAAUGGCGUAAUUAUUUUAUGCUUGCCUCCUCAUUGCACGCAUCGCCUCCAACCUCUGGAUGUAUCGUUUAUGAAGCCUCUCAGUCUCAAUUACUCGAAAGAAGUGCAAAAGUGGCUCAGAACUCACCCGAACCGAGUCGUCACAAUGUUCGAAAUUUUUGGCCUUUUUGGCAAAGCAUUUGAAGCAGCUGCAACAUUGAGUACCGCGAAAAAUGGUUUUCAAAAAACUGGGAUUUGGCCUUUUAACAGAAAUUUAUUUUCUGCUGCAGACUUUGCUGCCUCUCAAACUCCCAUGACAAACGACGAAACCAACAACAGCAGUUCUUUCAGCAAUGCUACUGAUGAGGAAAGUAGAUCAUUUCGACAGCAGAUUGAAGAAGCGCAGAUUGAGCUUGAUAGAAUAGUACCUGCUACCAGAGAAACUGGAGAUUUUCGAAAUACUGAUUCCCACGAGUAUGAUAUUUCCUCGAGUCUCAUUCAGAAGGAGUUUGAUUGUCAAAACGAUUCAAUUCAAAGCAGCAACUCUGAUCUCAAUUUGGUAAAUAUUUUACCUGAUUUCGAAGACUCGAUUGAAUUAAAUUUACCUGUGACCAAUGCUGAUAGUGUUAAUGUUGAACCAGUCAGAGUCUUAAGUGGUAUUGAUCCAAAUGUUCAACAAAGCCUAAAAAAUGAUAAGCCAAAGUCAAAAAGACAUGGAUAUACUACUGUAAUUAGUUCACCAGAGUACAAAGAAACGCUUGCGAUGAGUAAAUCCAAAAAGCAACCUAAAAAACCAAAGAAGAAAGAGAACUCUAGUCAACCAGUUGCUGUAGCCAAUAAUGCACUAAAUGUGCAAGUUCCAGUGCAAUUUGUCCAGUGUAUGUUGCCAAUGCCGUUUCAACCGCGUACAGACUUUCAAGCCAAUGAAAAUUCGAUAUGGAAUACGCCUCUCCAUAUGCUAACUCCACAGGAAGUUCCAGUAUUGUCAACUUUACCGACUCAAAGAAAUCAUAAUACUUCGACCAAACCUGCAAUAUUGCCAGUUCAAGUUCAAGCAGCGCCACAAAUGCUUCCUACGAAAGUUCAAACUGCACCACAAAUGUUUGCUCCGAGAAUUCAACAAGGACAACAAAUGUUUUCUCCGACAGUUCAACCAGCACCACGGAUGUUUGCUCCGAAAGUUCAACCAAUUAUACCUUCGUCAUCUCUUACAAUUCGUCCAUUAUACAGCCAAAACAAAACACAGUGCGUUAAACCAGUUAUUACAUCCACUAUAACAAUUCGACCAGUUCAUAAUCAAAAUCCAGUGCAAUCCGCUACAUCAUCAUUGUCAUCUCCGUUAACAAUCCGACGAGUUUUAAAUUAAUCUUUUAAGUUUUGAUUUAAAAAUAUUGAUUUUAUGUAUUGUUUAUUAAAAAAAGAUCACUAAUUUAAAUGAAUUUAAUGUAAUUCUAUAAGUUAAUCUUUAUUCUUCUGUAACACGUUAGAUGAUGCCAAAUUUUUCAAUAAAAUUGUGAAACAAUACUUACAAACGUCUG